UCAGCGGACAAGUGAAGGGCGGAACUGUGGCAGAAGAGGCGGCGCAACGGAGCAAAAGGGGCGGCGCGAUGGAGCAAGAGAAGAUGGCCGAGAAGAUGUUUAGGCGCGGCGCGGCAGGUGGAGAAGAGUUUUGGUGAUGAGCUUGUGGCCACGCUGGACCAGCUGCUGCAGCCCCCCUGCGCCGUCGCCAUGGGACGCCUGCAUUCUGCUGCUCCGGUGCCGGCACAUGUCCCUAUGCGGUGUCGUGCUCAGGAAUUUGGUGAAGAAGGCGGCUGCCGUGCUUGCGCGCGAGAAGGGCGCCGGACCUCGUUGGCGCUGUGAAGUGGGCACAACUCAGGUUGGGUACGCCGUUGGCCAGCACCGACGGUGGGCACGCUCCGCUGUGACCUGCCUGCCACAGUCAUUCCUCUCCCGCCUCCCCCGACUCUGUGUCCUUGUCCAACGCAAAUCAAUGGAGCUGCCGACCCGGAUUGUUGUUGGCUGCUAUAAGAAGGGAGGGUCCUCGGCUCGAAUCUCCAUCAGGUCAAUUUUGGACGAAGCAUCCAAUGUCGACACCGAGUUCGCCGCAGGAAGAAGCGCCGAGUUUGCCGGAGGUAGAAGAAGCGCUGAGUUCGCCGAAGGUAGAAGAACAACCGUCGAGCUGUCCAAUGUCGCAUGCGUCGGCUACAGUAGAGGUAUGUAUCCCCUUGACCCCUGUUUUGAGUAAUUUUUCUGUUCCCUAUUUCUCUGUGUACCUUCUAAUAUGGAGUUCAGAGGUAAAGAUAUUGUUGCGAAGUACGUCAGUUUAGAUAUUGUUGCCUUCUUGUGCUUGUAGACACCCAUGUUGUAUGGUUGGCCUGUUGAACGAAGCACUGGAACUGACAGCAAUUCCUUCAGAUAGUGUUGUUCUCUGAACAGAGA